AUGGAGUCUGGCAAAAUGAAUCAACGAGAGAUUAUCAAAGAUCAAAGCACAGGCAGUAGCGAAGAUAUGUCUAGCGUGAAGUUGUUAGACUAUCGUGCCAUGAUUGUUGAUUUUAUUGCCGGGGCUAAUGCAGGGACAGCUUGUGUCUUUGCCGGUCAACCUUUUGAUACAGUGAAAGUAAAGAUGCAAGUGUUUCCAAAUCUUUAUAAAAACGCGUUUGAUUGUUUCAAGCGAACAUUAAAAGAGGAAAGAUUUCGUGGUCUAUAUGCUGGAACUGGACCAGCACUUGCCACUCAGAUAGCCGAGAAUUCUAUCCUGUUCCUUUGUUAUGGGAGAUGUCAAACUAUAAUUCAAACUGUCUUUCAAGUUCCUCAUGUUGAUGAAUUGAGUAUCUUUCAAAAUGCUUGUGCUGGGAGUAUUGCAGCUUUUAUUACAUCAUUUGCACUUUGUCCAACUGAAUUGAUCAAAUGUAAAUUACAAGCUCAACAUCAGUUGAGGCAGAUGGGUGCUGACAAUGCCAAGAAACCUCU